UCCUUCUCUCCUCCUCCGGCGGCUCCUUCCUUCCUCCUCCCCGGAUCCUCACCGCCAUUAUGGGCUUCGGUGACUUGAAAUCGGCCUCUGGACUAAAAGUGCUGAACGGCUUUCUGUCGGAGCGCAGCUACAUCGAGGGCUAUGUCCCGUCUCAGGCCGACGUGACUGUCUUCGAGGUGAUCUCGGCCCCGCCCACCGCCGACCUAAGCCACGCCCUGCGCUGGUACAACCACAUCCAGUCCUACCAGAGCCAGAGGAGCAGUCUCCCAGGUGUGAAGAAGCCUCUGGGUCAGUAUGGCCCUCCAGGAGUGGCUGACACCACCUCAGGCUCCGCCCCCGCCGCCAAGGCCAACGAUGAUGACGAUGACAUCGACCUGUUCGGCUCCGACGAUGAGGAGGAUGCAGAGGCAGAGAAACUAAAGGAGCAACGGAUGGCAGAGUACGCAGCCAAGAAAUCAAAGAAACCCACCCUCAUCGCCAAAUCUUCGAUUCUAUUGGACGUCAAGCCAUGGGACGAUGAGACGGACAUGUCCAAGCUGGAGGAGUGCGUCCGCAGCAUUCAGAUUGACGGGCUGGUCUGGGGACAGUCCAAACUGGUCCCCGUGGGUUACGGCAUCAAGAAGCUGCAGAUCGGGUGUGUGGUGGAAGACGAGAAGGUGGGCACAGACAUCCUGGAGGAACGCAUCUCGGCCUUCGAGGAUUUUAUUCAGUCGAUGGACGUUGCAGCUUUCAACAAGAUCUAAACACAAACUAAUAAAAGCACUUCAACACAA